UCAUGUUGAUGUUUUUGCUAAGUUUUCGGAAAGCAUGUUUUUGCUAUUAAUGGUUAACCUAAUUCACUGUAGUCGUCUUAAUUUAAUGUGUCGCAACUUCACAACAAUGUCUAUUUUCCGACACUGCGGAUAAUUUGAUUAGAGGGAACAGAUAACCGCUCGACACCGGGCUGGGACUGCUACAUGACCUACCUACUACGCACUCUACCACUGAAUAUUUUCAUGAAGAGAGCGCAAAGUUCAUUUAAGGAUCCUUAGACUGAGCAAUGCACGAUGGGUCUGUUGUCUCACUUCACUGUAGCCGUGCUCCUCUUCGCAUUUUCUUUAUUAGCUUGUUUGAUCAUGAACCGCUUUUUCACCAGUGAAGCCCGACAGAUUGGGUCAGUUCGGGAUGAGCAACAUGACAUCACGGCACAUGGACGGUUUGUUUAUAAUCCCGCAAAGCCACAGAACAAUUCAAGUCGGGAUAUACACCCUGAAAGAUCCCGGAAAUGUAAUAUUUCCAGAGGCAGUGAAUGCGCCAUGGCCCCAGAGAGUCGGUUUGACUGUGGCAGGGACAAACUGCUCAGCCAGAGCGAGUGUGAGGACAGAGGAUGCUGCUACGCUCCUCUGCUUGACUCCGCAGGACCACCCUGGUGCUUUUACCCCCGUGUGUAUCCUGGCUAUAAAAUGGGACCCCUCAUACCUACUCCUCGGGGUCAGGGUGCCACACUGACUCGUGCCAGCCCCUCCUACCUCCCCAAAGAUAUCUCCACUCUAAGACUAGAUGACAUACAAGAAACAGCAGACUGUUUCCACCUCUCAUUAAAGGACCCAUCAUCUCAGCGGUAUGAAGUUCAUCUCCCAGGCAGUGUUCCUCAGAGCAAAGCCAAUACACAGAGUGUCCUCUAUACCACUGAAUACCAGUCUGACCCAUUUGGCUUUAUAGUGCGACGGAAAUCCAAUGGAAGGGUGAUUAUGAACACCACAGUUGCUCCUCUGCUGUUUGCUGACCAGUACCUGCAGCUGUCUACCACACUGGCCUCUUCUUUUGUGUCUGGCCUUGGGGAACAUUACACCUCUCUCCUCUUGGAUCUAAACUGGACUUCCCUGACUCUCUGGAAUAGAGACAUGGCACCUCAUGCUGAUGCCAACCUCUAUGGCUCCCACCCAUUUUACAUAGUACAGGAAGAGGAUGGCUUAGCACAUGGAGUUUUCCUUCUAAAUAGCAAUGCAAUUGAGGUGAUUCUACAGCCAACCCCUGCUCUCACCUGGGUGUCCACCGGUGGAAUCCUGGAUCUCUACAUUUUCUUGGGUCCUGACCCUCAAAGUGUUAUACGACAGUACCUUCAGAUCAUUGGCUAUCCUAUGAUGCCUUCUUAUUGGUCGCUGGGCUUUCAUCUGUGCCGCUGGGGUUACACGACCACUAAUACAACCCGAAAGGUUGCACAACGCAUGCAUGAUGAAAACUUUCCCAUGGAUGUACAAUGGAAUGACCUGGAUUACGCAAACAAGCGAAGGGUAUUCACCUUUGACCCCUGGAGAUUCGGGGAUCUGCCAGAAAUGGUGGAGGAGUUUCACAAGAGAGGCAUGAAGUACAUCCUUAUUCUGGACCCAGGGAUAAGCAGCAGCAGCACCCCAGGAACGUACCCUCCCUUUGAUGAUGGACUUAAAAGAGAUGUCUUUAUCAAAAACGCUACAGGGCAAAUCCUGAUAGGGAAGGUUUGGCCUGGCCCAACAGCCUUUCCUGACUUCACGAACCCAGACACCAGACAAUGGUGGGAAGACUGCAUCAGAGAUUUUCACUCUAAAGUUCCUGUGGAUGGUCUCUGGAUUGAUAUGAACGAACCAGCCAGUUUUGUGCAGGGCUCGGUGGAGGGCUGUCCUGACAGUGACCUUGAGAACCCACCAUACACACCAAGUGUUGUUGGAGGACAGUUAAACUCAGGAACCCUCUGUAUGUCGGCUCAGCAGAAGAUGUCAUUUCACUACAACCUGCACAAUCUUUACGGACUCACAGAAGCUUAUGCAACACACAGUGCUCUGCUGAAGAUACAGAGGAAGAGACCCUUUGUGCUGUCACGCUCCUCUUUCCCCGGCAUCGGACGCUUUUCUGGAGUGUGGACAGGAGAUGUCAGGAGUGACUGGGAGCAGCUCAGAUUCUCAAUUCCUGCGGUGCUGCAGUUCAGCCUGUUCGGGGUCCCUCUGGUGGGAGCGGACAUAUGCGGAUUUGGAGGCAACACCACUGAGGAGUUGUGCGUUCGGUGGAUGCAGCUUGGGGCCUUCUACCCAUUUAUGAGGAACCACAAUGACAAGCCCAAUGCUGCUCAAGAGCCCUAUGUGUUUGGGCAGCGGGCCCAGGCAGCCAUGCGGAGUGCGCUAUAUCUCCGUUACUCCCUACUGCCGUUCCUUUACACACUCUUCCACCAUGCACACGCCUCUGCUGAAACUGUGGCCAGACCUCUAUUCAUGGAGUUUCCCAAUGACCCUAACAGUCGGACCAUAGACAAACAGUUCCUGUGGGGGAGUUCACUUCUUAUUAGUCCAGUUUUAGAGCAAGGGGCUGUAGAACUGGCUACAUACCUGCCCCCCGCCACUUGGUACAGCCUGCACAAUGGUCAGCCUUUCUACAGUAAAGGGCAGUUCCUGCUCCUGCCAGCUCCUCUGGACACCAUCAAUGUUCAUGUGAGGGAAGGACACAUCAUUCCCCAGCAGGAGCCUGCUUUGACAACCACAGCCUCACGCAACAACCCUUUCUUCCUGACUGUGGCGCUGUCAGCGGGCGGCUGGGCCCGGGGCGACUUGUUUUGGGAUGAUGGGGAGAGCGUCGACACUUUUGAAAUGCAAAAUUAUUGCUACGUUAUCUUCACUGCUGGACAGUCUCAGGUUGUGAGUAACCCUCUAAAGCUGAAUGGGGCGCUGGACAGUCUGGUGCUGGGAGGGCUGCAGGUUUUCGGGGUGCCUUCACCACCUCGCUACAUUUUAGCAAAUGGGGAGAAAGUCAGGGACUUUACAUAUCGCACUGACACCAAGGUUUUAGCAGUGACUAGUCUGGCCUUACCCAUGUCAGAAGUGUUUACGGUCCAGUGGGUUCUCUAAUACACUGAGUUUCCUUUAAAAGAAAGAAGAAGAAAAAACCACUCAUUUUGUGCACCGUAGACUUGCUGCAUCUCUUCUUCAAAAUUGCCUGGGAUUUGGAUCAGCAGGUUUGUCGAAAAAAACAAAAUAAAACCAAGACAUGAUAAUAUCAAAGCACGGUAGCCACCGUGGUAUUUCUGGUUUGCAUGUCCUAACUGCUACACUCAAAAUGGUUUAAUGCCUUGAAAUGUAUUUAUUUUUAUAACUAUUUUAAUUGUUUGUAUUUUUGAAAAUGAUUUUUGCAUUUAUUUCUAUGUGAAAUAGUUAAAAAAUAAUUCUAAAAUUGUUUGUCUGCAGCACUUGUGUAGCAUUUACUAUGAUGUCACAUUUACUGUGUCCUCUGAACAGUUUGAUAAAAGCCAACCAUGAUGUAACUGACUCAUAGCUGGAUGAAUCCUUGGAUGAGGGUGAUCAUGCUCCCUCUGAGUAAUUGGACUUGCAUGCCCCACUAGUGUAUGCAUUUGACACAAACUACUGCACACUUUGUAUUCUGAGUGGUAUGUAUGUAUGUAUGUAUGGUUGUAUGAUUUGCAUUAAGCAUAUUAUUCACGUG